GCCGGUCUGCCAACUUUGUGAUUGUUCAUCGGCUUUGUACACCAAGGGUCUAUUGUCCUAGACGGACGUACAUAAUAACAAUCUCUUCAACUUCAUCCAUUGUUUUAUAUUUUUAUAAAGCUUCACCACACAAAUCGUUACCUCACACUCCCUUCGGAUUUUCCCUUUUCGUUCAACUUCUCUUCUUGGCCACGCCAUUUUCCUUCCACGUCCUUUCGUUCGAUCGAAUUCCACAGAUCUGCCAGUCAGGUCCAAGUAUCAAAGACAAGAAAAUUAGAUUCACGAUAACUGCAGGCAGUUUCAACAACACAAAUCUAGGUAUCUCCAAGGCCUUCAAGAUGUUUGGAUCCAAGUCCGGUUUCCAAGGCUCUGCCUUCGUAAUUCUUCAGGUCAUCCGUGCCUGUAACCUGGCCGUUCUGCUAGCUGUCAUCUUCGUCUCCGGAAUCAUGAUGUAUUUCGCCAAGAUGCCCAACGGAUUCCAGUUCUUCAACGAUGUCUCCCUGGCCUUCGUCAUCGCCGUUGCCGGCCUCCUGUUCUGGACGGAGCUUCCGAUUAACUUCGGCAAGAGAAUCAUCGGACGCAACUGGCCGGUCCUCGGCGAAGAUCGCGGCUUCACCUGGCUUGGUAUCGCCAUGAUCCUCAUGGGCUGCCACCUCCUAGGCGCGCUCAGCAACAGUACUUACAACAACAAGGACGUCCCUUUCGCGGUCUGGCAAGCUAUCAUGGGAGCCGGCAUCAUCGCGAUCGCAUUCGGCGCUACUAACGUCAUUGCGUCGCUCAUCUUCAGCAACCGAGCAAGCGGUGUCCGUGCUCGUGAGAUCCGCAACAACGGCGCAACCGUCCGAGACGUCAACUUCACUGAGGAGUACGAGAGCUACCGAAGCAACUCGAUCCGCAAGGAGAAAACCAAGAGCAAGUGGUUUUUUGGAAAGGGCGAGUCGAAGCCCAAGAUCAGUCACCCGAUCGCCCACGACGUCGAGUACGGACCUAGCGAUGAUCUCCCAGUCGCCAAUGACCGCAGCAGUCCCAUAAUUCCCGACGUCAAGCGCCCACCCACCGCGCUACACCCUGCCUUCAACGCCGGAUCGAGAUCGAGCCGUUACAGCGAGGCCAGUCAUCUUGACCGCUUUACCGACAAUAGGAUAUAGGUCAACUAGCACGAGAUGAUCUGUCCACGUAUGAUAAGCAUUACGCUAGCCGAUAUAUUCAGGAAAAACCCUACUCCGGAUCCACCUUCUUCUAACGUCUCAGAACCACCCUCCAACGCCCAAUGAACCCUAAAGCGGGGUGAAAAAACCUGAAUAAAAUCGGACCGUUGACGCUUUAACCACUGCGCCAUG